ACCACAAUAAAGACUGAAUUUUUUCCUCUUACCAAAAUCUUCCCUCAUUCUCUAGUCAGCUGCAACUACAUCGAUCGAAUUUAAGCUAUCUUCUGGCCGGAAGCACAGUAGAUCAGACUACCCUCUAUCCGAUCUGCGUGAAAUGGAAUCAGAAUCUCAGGAGGAGGAAACGGCUACCCUCGCCGGUCUUCCCCUCGCAUCUGUCUCCCAGCAACCUUACGUUUCAGAACUCCUCUCAUUCACACUCGAUCGCCUUCACAAGGAACCAGAGCUCCUUCGUGUCGAUGCUGAGAGGAUUCAGCGGCAGAUGCAAGAGGUGGCGGUUGGUAAUUAUAGGGCUUUCAUCUCUGCCGCUGAUGCUUUGCUUUCCAUCAGAGAGGAAGUAUCUUCUAUUGAUAAGCAUCUCGAAUUGCUGGUAGGUGAGAUCCCAAAGUUGACAUCUGGUUGUACCGAGUUCAUUGAAUCUGCUGAACAGAUUUUGGAGAAGAGGAAAAUGAAUCAAACUUUGCUGGCAAAUCAUAGCACCUUGCUUGACUUGCUUGAAAUCCCGCAGCUUAUGGACACGUGUGUAAGAAAUGGAAAUUAUGAUGAAGCGCUUGACCUAGAAGCCUUUGUUUCUAAAAUUUCAGCUAUGCACCCAAAGAUGCCAAUCAUUCAAGCUCUUGCUGCAGAAGUUAGGCAAACAACUCAGUCACUUCUCUCUCAACUUCUUCAAAAAUUACGUUCAAACAUUCAGUUGCCCGAAUGUCUUCGAAUUAUUGGAUAUUUACGUCGUAUAGGAGUAUUUAGUGAAUAUGAGAUGCGUUUGCAGUUUUUGAGAUGUAGAGAGGCAUGGAUUACUGGAAUUCUAGAUGAUUUAGACCAAAGAAAUGCUUAUGAGCACCUAAAGGGGAUGGUUAACUGUCAUAGGAUGCAUCUCUUUGAUGUUGUGAAUCAAUAUCGAGCCAUAUUUUCUGAUGAUACAUCAGGCAGUGAGGAAAAUUAUGAUGGAGGGCUUCUCUUUAGCUGGGCUAUGCAUCAGAUUACAUCUCAUCUUAAAACUCUGAAGUUGAUGCUCCCUAAAAUUACAGAAGGUGGAGCUCUAUCUAAUGUCCUCGAUCAAUGCAUGUAUUGCGCAAUGGGUCUUGGUUGGGUUGGAUUGGAUUUUCGUGGCUUACUUCCUUCAAUAUUUGAAGAGGCAGUUCUGAACUUGUUCAGAAGGAAUAUGGGAGUAGCUGUUGAGAAUUUUCAGUUAGCCUUUGAUUCACAUCGCUGGGUUCCAUUACCAGUUAGUUUUCCAGCCAGUAGUCUGGGUGAAGAUAAUCAGGAAGAUGUCACUGCACCAGCAAGUUUAAUGGAGCAUCAACCCCUUGCAGUUUUUGUUAAUGGUGUAUAUGCAGCCAUGAAUGAGUUACGGCCUUGUGCUCCUCUAAGCCUAAAACAUGUUCUCGCCCAAGAAUUAGCAGCUGGACUACAGGCUGUCUCCGAUUACUUACUAAGAUACAGUGCAACCAGAAUGCUCAAAGAAAACGAGUCCAUACUUUUCCACGCUCUUUGUCGAGCAUUCCUCGAGGUUGUGUGUCCACAUUGUGCAAUAUGUUUUGGUCGAUGCUAUCCGGGAGGUGCAGCUCUUCUUGCAGAUAUGAGAAGCACGUUUGGUGGAAUUGAUAGACUCCUGUCGAUUUCUUCAUCAUCUAGAGACUUGCCAAAGGCGGUUAAAUUGGAAAGACGGAGUUCUUCUGGUGUUGCGUUAGAAAAUGGUGGCUCGCCUUCUGUAGAAAAUGGAGUUGCUAAUGUGGAAAUGGUGGAAGCUCCAAAUGUGGAUGAUGAUAAGGGAGAUGGUGGUGAAGUGGUUCAAAUAGAGGAAAAGACUCUUGAUUCUUGAUGAUGUUGAGUUUUGUUUGUUUAUUGUUUUGAAGUUUAUGGAAUUGCAAUUUUUAGUUUACAUGAUUAUUGUAUUACACUAUGAGUUGUGAUCUUACCUGCCAAACAGCAAUAGAGUUGAUGGAUUAUAAAAUUGGAAAAUUAAGUGUUAAUGUU